AUGGAGUUUCUAGCACCAUCCUUUAUUCAAACCACGAUUCCCCAAUGCCAGUCUCAAGCGCCUUUUAUGCUUCAAGGUUGGUGGGAUCUUACCAACGCAAGUGGAAGAUGUCAUAUUCAAGUACGGCUGCGCCCUCAAUUACGAGCAGUAGGUAUUGUCAAUUUUGAACUUUACUCGUGGUACAAUGGAUCCCAUCUGCUAAACAGCCAAAACAGUCAACAGACAACUUAUAUUGCAAGUACCACAACAAGGGGAACGUAUUGCAUAUGCGGCCGGUUCAAGAGCGCUAACAAAAAGUACACCAAAAAGAGCUGUAACUACUUUACACAGCAUACCCCUGCCCGUGCAUUGGAACUCUACGAGCAAUUAACACGAGGCCAACAAGAGCAGCCAGCUCUAGCAAUUGAAUAUUUGGGUCAUGCUUCCUUUCAAGUGCAACAGCAGCAAGGUGCGCGUUCUGUUGUACAUCAGCAGCAUGGUGCAUUCCAUGAGCAGCUCAUUGCGCUAUCAAUGGAUCAUCCGCAGCCCUUUGCGCAGCACAUCUUCAACAGCCAUCCUUCUGCAAGUGGUGAUAUUCAAAUGACGGGUAUAAAUACACAGCAGCCAUCCUUUGGAGCUGAUUGGGGUGAUGAUUCUCAAGUGGAUCCUUUGAUGGACGUGAAUACACAGUAA